CUAGGAAUCAAUCAAACACACCAUUAGACAAAAUAAAACACCAAAACUGAUAUCUCCAGGUCUUAAUAAAAGCAAUUAUGAAUUGUCAUAUUGAUGAAUUUUAAUGCAUAGGAACAUGAUUAAGUUCUUCUGUGGUGGAAAGCUGGAUUUAAGUGUGGUGGUUGUUUGCUUUUCUCCUCUAAUGGCCUGUGACUGUGUAGCUAAUCACUGCUGUGCUCUCUGAUCAGUUGUUUGGUGACGUGAUGUGGAUAAUGUGGUGGUGGUAAUUAUGAUGGCCAGGAAAAUUAUGUUGGCUUUGAUGAUUAGAGUGAUGAUCAGCAGCUUCCUUUCUUGCUUUGGUUUGUGGUCCGGAAAUUAAAUAUGUUUGACUCUUGCAAAUCUUUCAGCACAUACCUCAAGAAGGUCAAGUUUUUUCCUUGCUCAAUAUAAUCUACUUGAAUCCACUCGAGCUUGGUGAUUAUCAUCUGCUUUGGGACUCCUUCUCUGUGUCUGAAUUCUUUCUGCGCCUCAACAGCGCACUCUGGUGGUUGUUCUUUCCUCUGUCCUCUUUAAAGAAUGAAGGCUUUGCUUCAUCUCCAGGGUGCCUCAUCUGCUACAAAUACAGCCUUGUCGACAGUUGAAGACUCGACCAUUGAUGCCUCGUCUGGCUUCACAAACACUCAAAAGGGAAUUAUCAUCGACCCUGCAGUUGCAACAGUCUCUGAAUGUGCAUUCUCUGCUGAAGGAGAUUUAUCCAGUGUAAUCCCUCCAUCACAGACACCCUUCAUCAAAGACCCUGCCAUCUUCCAUCUUUUUCCUGCCCUCCAUGAAAACAGGAAAAGUGGUGUUAUCGUUCAUCAUAAUGACCAGUCCUCUGAAGAGCCCACUUUUGUUCCUUUACAGACUGAUGUAGAAAACCCUCAAUUCUCUACCACGUCUUCACAGGAUCAAUUAUUUGCCACUUAUUCCCUUCUUAAUUCUGGUUGGAGUACCAUAAACCCGUCAAAAACAAACACUGCUGAUGGAGAAAAAAACAAGUCUCCUCAUUCUCAAAGUGAUAGCAAGAUACGAGAAAUGGAAGCCAGGGCGGAUAAACAAAUUGAUAACUACAAUGUCAGUGCAAUAACAUUUUUCUUUAAUUCCAAAAGUCUGGAUUUGUCAGAAAGUUCAGCAGAAGACAGUGGAUCAGGCUCUGGCCUUGGCAGCAGUGGCUCCAAUGAGGAAAUCAAUGAAGCUGCUGCAGUUAAAACUGAAUUUUCAGUGUUUGACAUUUCAACUAUUAGCUUCAAGGACAAAAGUAGAUCACCAGUAACUAAGAUGGUCACUGAUAAUGAUAGAUCAGUGAUCAAUGAAAGAGAUGGAACAAAAAGCAAAAACUAUGAGAAUGAAAAAGAGGCAAAGAAUGAGAUACGGGAGAAUGAAAGUGAGCUAAACAGAAAGGAAGGAGAAAAUAUAAGAGAAAGGGGAGUAAGAAAUGAGAGUUUAAGAAAUAUUGAGGAGAUGCUGAAAGAAAAAAAGAUAGUGGUACGUGUAUUAGGAACGACAAUAUAUGGUGAUAGCGGAAGCGGAGCUGAGGAUGUCAGUGGCUCUGGAGAGCACGAUGGGCUUGACCUUAGAGAAAAUCUAAAGGUACUUAAUAACAGUAACAAGGGUUUUGGAACUGUAGGUGACAAUAAUGCCAAAGGUCUCAAAGGCAAUUUUUCAAAAAGUGAAAAAGCAGAGUCCGUACUAUUUGAAGAACAAGGCCAUGGUGACAGCAUUGAUAAACACAAUCAAAAUAAGAGCCUUACCAGUCCAUUUUUAGGGGUUGAAUCUACUUUUGAGAAUAAAGAAUACAUAAAGGGAGGUACUAAAGAAAACAAAGAAGGUAUAGCUGAAGACAGUGUGCAGGAGUUCUCCAGUGUAGAUGGGUUAUUGUUUGAUGGUGCAAGAAACCCUGAGUUGGGACCUCUUGUUCCUCUGGUCAGACUGACGGACACCAACAAGGCAACGGAGGAGCAACUGGAAGGUAAAUACUGUAGUAUUUGACACAGCCCUGGCUGUUUGUUAUGGAAUGUGACAUGCAUACAAGUCCAAUUUCAGCUAACUAGGUUUGAGGUCUCCAAAAGUUGAUUCUGUUCAUCUGGAUGUAGUGUUUUCAGGGGGAGAAACGUUUCGUCACUCAUCCAAGUGACUUCUUCAGUCUCAGCUGACUGCAGGUUUCCCCAAUCUUAUAAACAGUACAUUUGCAUAAUGACUGAAACCAGCCCACUGAAGGAACAAUGGGCUGGGAGGUCAGCCCAUUGUUUGAGGUUUGAGGUGGUGCACUUUUCUUGAUUAUUGACUCUGAUCAAGGUUAAAUUAAGUAGAAUACAGAAGCAAUAUUACUGGUGGAGACACGGACAGUUAAAUCUGGAUCAACUGACUAUGCGUUAUGUGGUAAGAUUGCAGACAGCACAUUACAAUGUUUGACAACUGGUUCUGGCUUGGUCUGAAUCUUUAGCUGAUGAAGAUCCAGAGCUUUUUCUCAGGAGUUCGAGGAGAACAUUGCACUUCUCUGUGGCAAGACAGGAAAUCUGAUAGUAUAUUCAGCACUCUUAAUACAUCCAUGGUAGGAAACAGUUUGCAAACAUAUUAGAUAUGUCAUCUUAGAAGAUGAUAACAGACUUCUGAUGGUAGGAAAAGCACUGGUGAUUUGAGACAAGUUUUGUUAACAGCUCCUCUUAAAUGGAAUAUAGUCAAUCCCACCUUUAUAAGUAUGAUUACUUAUGUCCAAAAGUGGGCAUUAGAUCCACACUUAA